UAAAGCACUAAGAUUGUUCGGUGGCGGGGGAGUUGUACUAAGUGUUAAAGAAAUGGAGAGUUUUACGAAUUCGUGUAGAUUGUGUCUGUGGAAAGGAGAUAAAAUGCUUCCAAUUUUUGCAUCUGCUGAUGACGACGAAACAGCAUCGAAGAUUCGAAAAUGCCUGCCGUUAGAUGUGCGAUGGGAAGACAGUUUGCCAAAAGGAAUCUGUGCCAGCUGUCUGUACAAGGUGGAGAUGCUGUUCGAGUUCCACUGCUCUGCUGUGAGAAUAGACUCACUGCUCAGGAAAUAUCUCGCUUCAGAAGUGACUGUUAAGGAACAGCAGCUGAGCGGCAGUGGAUAUCAGACCACCAACAUGCCCCCCAUGCGUAGUGUGGCCAUUGGUACUGAGGAUGAAUAUUUCCAUUCAGCAAGAAGAACGAGGGAUGGCCAAGGAAGCAGUGGUAAUGCAGAACCUAUGGUAGCCAGAUUGCGUGUGCGGACACCACAUGACAUUAGUGAUAUGAGUAGUGCAGGAGUUUCCCCAGUGGUUCAGGUGCCUCUACAACAGUCAGACCCCUUUAAUGGACAUAUAACUGAAGUGUCAUCACUGCCACACAGAUCAGACAGUGUUCAGGGUAUUGAUAGUAUUCAUGCAAUUGGAGCUACAGAACAGUCACCAUCGAGCAGUACAGUAUUGCGUUUGUCUGCAAGUGGUACUGCAGUUCAACAAGAGGAGUUAGGGAGGAGUGCCUCAAGACAGUCGGAGCCUGUGGCUCACACAUCAUCCCCGGGAGAGGCCUGUGUAACACAAGACCCCACAUCAGAUUGUGCCCCAGCGGAAGACACAGAUGUAGUGUGCCUUUCAGUCAAGUCUUCACCAGCUGUGGUGCAAAGUGGUCCCUCAACAUCCCGACCAUCAUGUGAGUGUGCCGAUGAUGAUGAAGUGGUGGUGCUUGCCGAGAUCCAGAAGCAACCAUACCCGUACCGGCGAUGCAAGACACCUACCAGCUUUGACACCUCCUCUGUGUCUAGCUGUGCCUCUGCGUCUGCUGUUUCUACCUCCUCCUCUACCUUCGAAGGUGGGAGCAGAACGGCACCUCCGCGGAAAGCACACCGUCUUUGUCCGCGGCACCAAGAGUACUUGCGGUUGAUGAACCUACAGCAGGAGCAGCAACGGAUGAAGCAACGAGGUCUACAACAACAGGAGACACUGCAGAGGGUAGACCACCAUUCUUCAAGAGCCAGUGGACAGGAGCCUACUUUAAGCACUUCCUCAGCCAGUCUGAGAUUGUCGGAUGUGUCCAAUCCUGUGCAAUGUGAGCCCACUCAGCAAGUACCGCAAAACCAGUCAUGUGGAGGAGGCACAAGGCAACUGUCAGCAGAAACUCCACAUAUCGACACAUCAUCUAACUCGACAGAAUCUGAGGGACAUGUGCAAUUGCUUGACCAAAACAAACUUACAUCUGGUGCAACAAGUCAUCUGGUAGCCCUUCUGAACAGUGACUCAUCACACAUCACAGCUCAACCUGGUCAGUUGGAACAAGCAUGGCAGGUGAUGAGGACCAAACCUGAAGGAGCCACCACAGAGGCAGUGGUGGCACCACUUUCCAGUUCUGCAAAAUGCAACUCAUCUGUAACUGAGCCACAGGACCAAGUAAGGCAGCUGACUCUUGCCCAUCCAAAAGGAACAACUGUCGAGUCUUUCCUGGGAAAACCGUGUGGCAGCAAAUUAUCUUCAGCUGAUGCACCACUGCCAGCUGCUGCACUGUCCCAGAGUGCUGUACCAACCCCAUCUGUUGCAGCAGCUUCACCUGUUUCGCAGCUCUCAGCCUGCGUGCCUCCUUCAGCUGCUCCGCCUGCUACACCUGCAGUGCCUCCUCCAUCUUCUGAAUCUGUCCCAGUUACUGCGCCUCCCCCAUCUACUAUGCCUAUCCCAUCCGCUACUCCGUCAACAACCUCUAAAAGGAUUUCAUCUGCAGCUUUACCCACCAGCUCUGUACCAGUCUCAUCCACUGCACUACCUGGAAUGCCUGUGACAACACAAUCUGACCCUUCCCCCGUAACCUGUGCAGUGACUCCAUCUGUCGCACAUUCCGGUAUCACCUCACACCCCAGCAGAGCUGCUGCACACUCUCCAUCCCCUGCAAGAUCCUCAUCUGGUGGGCAGUCCCCCUCGACUGUACAGACCUCAUCAUCACGGAAACAGUCCAACACACGGUCUCGAUCUCGCUCUCGCUCCAGUUCGAAAUCUCCAUCUGCUGGACAGCGCCGUGGCUCUAAAUCACCUGUGUCCACUGCGAUGGCCCCGCCCUCUGCAUCUCCCAAACCCUCGGCACCUUGCACAGACCAUGCACAACCGCGACUGGCUCCCCUGACUACAUCUGCUACGUGGCCGUUGCCUGCUGCACCCACUACACCUCCUGCACUAUUACGUGCUUCAGCACAACCACAGCAACAAGAAAAUAGACAACAGAGAGUAGUGUUGCCGACACGUGGUUCUGGACAUCCUGAGCAUCAGGUGAUACCAGCCAAACUACAAGAUGGAGUCUUCAAGUUUCCAGCAUUCCUGGUUGUAACUAAUGCCCCUUUUCAUGCGCAAGCACAAUCUCCAGCAGCAGCAACCACUCAUCUGUCGGCACAGUCUCAAACCUCUGCCCCCACAGAAACUCCUGCAGUGCCAAAGGAACAGGAACAGAAACAACAGUUGGCACAAACCGAAUCACCGGGAGGGGCCAUCAGCCAAUUGUUAGCAGCAUCUGCACUCAUUAGUCCCCCACGUGGCUCAACAGAGCCUAAGCAACAAGAGAAGAAGCAAGGGGAGGUGCAGACAAAACCCACAGGAACACAUCUCUCUCAAUCUGCAGCAGCAUGUUUGCCUACUGCCCCUCCACAUUCACCUGCUCCAGGUAAGCAGCACGAACAGCAGCCACAAGUCCAACAUGAGCAACAGAAAAAUAGACUGGAAGUGUUACGUGAUAAACUGUCAGCAAAAAUAGGUAGGCUACCAGCAGGCUCACCUGUAGGCACUGAUGAGAAGGGUGUCUCCGUACAAAAUGGUCAGACACACUCAGAGGCCGAUCAGCAGUUAACAAAUUCAGCAACUACCACUGCCACGUCACAUACAGUUGCACAGUCAAGUAAGAGGAGGAAAGAGCACCGGUCACACGCAGUUGUCGCCGAGCGUCCUGUGACUCCAGCUGAAUCCACAGCUGCCUCUCCUACCUCACAGAAGCCAAAGCAGAUUAAACAGAAAUACUGUAAAGCAAGCUCACAAACUGAAAAGAGCCUUCGGAAAUCACCAUUGACAGUAACUUCUACUGCAAAAUCUUCCUCAGAAAGAGCUAAAAGCCAACUGUCUGGAGGGACUGUGGUGCAGCAGCAGACCACGAAGCAACCAGCACUGCCAAAUUCAUAUGACUCUCAAAAGUGGAAGAAGAAAAAAAAGAAGAAAAAAGAAAAGGAGGAGGAGGAAAGUCACCAUCGAUCAUCAAAUAAGUAUCAACAGGAGCAGCUGUCACAAAAAAGAAAGCACUCAUCCAAGAAUACACGAGAAACUGAAGACCUACCAUCACAGCCUGCUCGUACCCCUUCUUUACAGCCGAGUCAGGAGAUGGAGGCUGCGAGUCAGCACUACGGCAGCCAUUCGCAUCCAGUGACGACAAUGUACAAAGUUAACAGAGGCGAGGCGGAGCAGCCGCAGGUGGAGCGUUGGCGCAACGUUCAACAGGACGCUGUUGAGCGUGUGCGGGUCGCUCUGCGAGAGUGCACCCAGCUGCCACAGCCACCGCUCCGUGACCCUGCGACAUCUCCGCCUGUGCCAUCUGCCACCGUGACGACGCCCUCACCUCCUGUAUUGACACCUCAGCGGCCAUCUGUGGGGCCGGUUCCUCCCGACUCCCCGUCCCUUCUGCCACCGAUGCUGCCACCUGCAAUCUCCACAAAAACCCGCACCGACCGCCCGCACUCCACUGGCCCACUUGUGCAGUGCACCACUCCUCCAGCGAAUGAGAAGUUGUCUCCCACACCGUUCCUCACGCCACCUGAUGGAGUUGACAUGCAGAAGUCCAGAUCGCAGCUGCCAUCCAAGGCAACGGCAGAGAGUGGUGAACGUCGGUUGCGCACUCCCAGCCCAGCGUCCAGCAUUGGGAGCGUAGACUGGUUCUCUGUGCCACACCGCAACGGUGUGCCUCCGCGGAGGUACUACAACAGGAAGAGGCGGUACCUCGAUCUCAGCUGGGGUGAGGCCUCCGGAACGGACAGAGAAGGCAGUGAGGACAGAGGCGACAGUGCUGAGAGAAGCCCUUUGUCAUUGCUGUCACCCAAGACACAGUCAUCCGGCAGUGCUCCGAAAUCUUCUGUUCAGGCAUCUGCAGCAUGCCUGGAACUAUUUCAGCAGUCAGUUCCCUCGGUGACUGCCCCUCACCAGUUGAUGGUGGGAACUCCCCUAUUGACAUCACGAUCUGCACGUGCUGCCCGCUACUUAUGCCGCUACUGCCAGCAGCGGUUCAGUGCGCGCAUCCUGCUGAGCCUGCAUCGCGUUAACGGGGCGUGUGAACUGCACCGCAGCCACAACUAUGCACGCAAUGGUGGUGGAGGUGACCAUCCACAGGUGACAGAGCGUGAGCUGAUGCUGGAGGCACGUGUGCGUCUCGACCGUCUCUUCGUUUGCCCACGCUGCUCGCGUGUGCUCUCCACCGAGAGCACACUCAAACGGCACAUAGCCCUCCGCCACGGACAUGACAACCCCCGUGACACACGUGCCUCUGUGCAGGUGCACUCGCAGGACUGGACACUAUCCCUGCCGGAUACGCCGUCGCCACCUCCCCUGUCGCUGCCACUUGCUGCCAGGUUGUCUGACGGCAAAGACAAUGUGUUGGAAGCUCUGGGGCUUACGAGGAAGAGUUAAUGACCGUGUCAUAGCUCCAGAUGCUCUGUUGUUGCCUUUCUCAACUGGUUGCUUCUUACUCUGUGCAUACAAAAGCUGUGAGCAGUCAAAAGUAGACCAUCUGUUGACUGUACUCUGUCAGACUUUUUGCAUCACAUUUUUUCUUCUAGUCGAUCUUUUUAGAAAAAAAGAGAUCAGUGUUUCAUGAACUAAUAAGGAAGAGGUAUCCAUUGAUAUGAGUGUACAGAGAAACAAAACCAACUCCAUGAAAUUGUUUUUCUUAUCAUUAAAUUGGUUGCCAAUCAUUGUGUGCUAUACUUUUUUUGUCUGUAUUGUCCGAAGCAUUUAGGGAAGCACUACCCUACUUGAUAUGAUGUGCACAUCGUGUGGCCUGAUUCAUCACUCUUUAAACUUUUACUUGUCCUUAAUUUUGAUUUUGGCACAGUACAACAUAUAUAUAUAUAUAUAUAUAUAUAUAUAUAUAUAUAUAUAUGCUUGGACACAUUGUGGAGGUUGUCACUGGAAUGUUUUAGGCACAGUGGAACAGAAAGUUGAUUCAGAGACUUGAGAGAUGCCAGGGAGGUUUGGUACUCCAGCUGCGUUUCAGACGGUUGGAAUGUGUCGACUAACAAAGGAGUUGACUGUGCCA